GCAGACAAUAGGGUUGGCUUAUAAAAAUUGGAAAGAAGUCAACCAGACUCUGAAAAAUAAAGUUUGGAAAGACAUUCAGACGGGGUUCAUUGUGCCGGACACCUUCAAACAUGAUUGUCUCAUCCUAGCUGGGAAGUUAAUGAAAGACUUCAAGAAUAGGAUGACAAAAGACAUCAUAAUGCCCGCGUUGAAAGAGAAUGAUCUGGGACGACUAGCACAAGUCCCUGAAAAGCACCCGGAGAUCGACGCUGCUGAUUGGUGCAAAUUUGUUGAAAGUCGACUAACUCCUGAAUUUCUGGAAUUGAGUAAGGUGCAACGUGAACGUUCCUCAAAAAUUCAAUCCAGACAUCGAAGUGGUCGGAGUGGAAUGGUGAACGUACGGGAAGCUGUGAAAAAGGACCUCGAAGUUGCAGAUCCUCCCCGCCACCGUGUUUGGAUUAAAUCUCGCACCAAGAGUAGAAAACUUGUCACUGAUUACGACAAGGAAAUUGCCGAGAAGAUAGUAAGUAUAUAUUAAUCCUUAAUUGAGUUCUACUCAUGAGUUAGUGUAUAUAAUUCAUAUACUAAUUGCUUGAAUAUAUGCGUGCAUUAGGCUCAAUUAGAGGAGAAGCUUAGUC